GACGCGGCCGGCGCGCACGGGCGGAGCACGUACCCCGUCGCCGCCGGCCGGGACAUCUCCCUGGUCAUCCUCGGGAUGCAGCUCUUCUGGGACCUGCCCGUGACAUUGCACGCCGAGAUGUAUGACGCUGUCAACCUGGCGCACCACGUGGGGAUGGCCAUCUCUGCGGCCCUCUCGCUCUCGCCGUACGUGCAGUACUGGGUCCCCUUCUUCGGCGGGCUGAUUGAGGCCUCCUCCAUCCCCCUCGUCCUCGCCGACGUCUUCCACCCCAAGCGGUACCAGGACUUUGCGGAGGCGACGGCCGGCCGCUCCAAGGCCAACUUUCUGCUGCGCGUCACCUUCCUCCUCGCGUACCUGCUCGUGCGCUGCGUCUGGUUCCCCGCAACGGUGGCCUUUGGCGUGGGGCCGGAUCUGCUCAGCGAGCUGCGCGGCGCGGAGGACGCGGCCGCAGCGCUCAGCCCCGCGCUGGCGCUGCUGCUGAUCCUGCCCCUCACCUUCCUGCAGCUGCACUGGGGCCGGCUCCUCGUCCGGCAGGCGAUGAAGGCGCUCGCGCCGCCGCCCGACGACAAGCCCGCCUAUGACCAGCUCGACGACCAGCACGUGCUCUAAAAGCCGCGGGCUCCGUCCAUGUCAUCGGUGGGUGGGGGGUUUUGGAGCUGACUUUACGUUUGGAAUCCGCUGCUGCUGCUGCUGCUGCUGCUGCUGCUGUUACGUCUUCGGUCCCCGCGGGAAGCCCCGCGCAUAGGACAACAACGUCUGUCCCACACACGCACAGACACGCGCACAUACAUCAUGCUCGGGGGCACCCCCCACAGUGUAGUCGUGGUGUGAGCACACAAGUACUAGCAGAGUGCACACCUAAGAAUCAAAGCCUCUUGGUUCUUACGCGCGCUCGAGGGAGUUACCAAACUGAGGUAGCGAAAAAUAAAAAAAA